GACCUGCGGGCACCCCGUCGCUCUCUCAGUGUCGUCUCUCACUCUACCAUUCACCUACUCCAGCACAAGCCAAGCGUGUGGGGGCGACGGUAAGGGCAGGAUGCGUCCUGUGGAUCCUAUCUGGAUCGUGUCGUGGAAUCCUCGUCUUUCAUCGACACGAAACUACUUCGAACGACCUACGACGCGUGUGUCGAGGCGUUGCCCACUGCCGGCAUGGACCCUUCGGCGUUGAUUCAGAUGGUCAACGUGCUGUCUCUCACGCUGGCUCAACUGGCUGGGUCACUGGUCCAGGCCUCGAAGGAUAUUGAUAGUUUGUUAGAGGAAGUCUGGACGGCGUACAACGACAGCAAGGCCAAGCCUGACGCGCUCACUCGAGCUGUCGUGACGUGUAUGUUCCAGCCAGUAUUCCUGCUGCGAGCUGAGCUGACUUCGACGAUGAAGCUCUGGCUGGCAGAGUUUAUCCGCUUUGGCUCGAGACACAGACCCAACGUGGUCUUCCACUUGGCGUGUCGCUUAUGUCAAACGUGGCGUGCACACCCAGUGUCGGCUCUGUCCUUUGUAGACGAGCUGGUGGAGCUGCUGCUGUAUAAGGAACCUUUGAUCGACGAGAAGGAGCAGCUGGCAACGGAUGCGGGUGCUCCAUUCCAAGGAUUCCAAGGCUAUUCUCCUCUCGAUGGCAACCAGACAGCAGCGGUCACGACCCACGCCAAGGACAGAUUUGUGCGGCUUGUCAUGUUGAGCUUCGUGGACGACGUCGCUGUCGACAAGAGCUCGUCCAGUAACGAUACGCAGCAGCUCUUUGAUGCUCUGACAGCUCGACUUCUGAAGCUCAAUGUGACGCCUGAGUGGCAGAAGCAACACAUGCUCAACAGCGAUGGGUUCGGCAAGAAACUGCGCUCCUGGCAGGCUCUCUGCAUCGUCAGUGCACACGUGACCAAGUCGCAGCUGACAGAGUUGCUUCCUACUCUAGCUACUGCAUUUGCUGUGCCUCAACUGCCCAGUGUUCGCUACUACAUGGAGCUGUUCGCAUGCGACAUGUCAGCGGAACACUGUCUAAAUUAA